CAAUAAACGGACAACGAUCGUGGAAUAAUAAAAGGCGAUCCGUUACCGAGAAGUUAACUAAAUAAUAGACGGCGACAGAUGGUAUAAGCAAAUUAGAUUUUUCCGAACAUCGCCUCGACAUGUGUGCAAUUGCGGAGUAACUGCGUAAAAUUAUCCAUUCAUCGGCUGUGCUAAUUUGGAACGGGCGUUACGUUAAUUGACUCGAACAAUGUUAACGGUUUGACCUGAUUGUGUCGAUCAAGGAUGGUCGUGUGCAAUAUGGAGAUACCGCGUCCUCCGCCGCCGCCGCCGCCGCCGUUCGGAUUUCAGCCCAAGUCGGAAGACGGCGGACCUUCGAGCUUUCGCCUGUUGGACAGUCAGGACGAGACGGGAAGUAUCUACAGCGUGUACAAGCAGAAGAUCGACUCGAUGUUCGAGUCGGACUCGAGCUCGAACACGAAAAACAGCGUUCAGGCGAAGAUCGAGAAGAUGUUCAGCGAUAUCGCGUCCGACGGCGGAAUUUCGAACAAGGAAAUCGGCUGUCACGUGUUCUCCGUCGAUUACGUGGGGUCGGUGGCGCUGCAGCAGAAGGUCGCCAGUCUGUCCGGUCUGCAGGAUCCCUUGAAGGAUCUUUAUUUCACGUACAAAUCCAGUACCAAGGUGAAGAAGCCGUUGACGAGCAGACUGGAGAUCUCCACCGAAGGUCUGCGCAUCCAAUAUGAGGGCGAAAAAGGCGAUUUGGAACGGCUGAACCCGUUCUCCACAAUCGCCGUCUGGUCGGCGGUCAAAUUCGUCCUGCAGGAUCAGCACGGCGAGCGCGCUUCGUACGCGUUUCUCCCCCUGAUCACCGAUCCGGAUAACAUGGACAAGCAGAUGCUGUUCCGGAAGCUGAACGGCGACGAGCGACGAUGCGUCAAGACGGAGACGCACCAGCCGCUCGUCGCCAUCGUCAUGAAGAAUCUCAGCGUCGAGCGGCAGCUCGAGUGCCACGCGUUUAUAUGUCAGACGUCGGAGGACGCGAUCGUGAUCGCCGCAACGCUUUACAAGUCGCUAAUGACCCACAUGAAGUACAAAGAUAGGAAGCCGAAGAAUAAGAACGGCAUUACGUGCAUGUCGGUUACGUCGAGCGUUUUUAAUGACAGUUCCACCAAUUACGCCCCAAUUAGGCCGCCGAGGAAGAAGAGGAGCACGUCUUCGUCGGCGGGCAGCGAGAAAGAGGGGAUAGACGCCUCGGACACGCAACUGCUACUAAGUCGAAGCAAGCCGACGCCAAAGAAGAGCGUAAAAACUCGACGGGCUCCGAAGGCGCCCGACCCUCCCCGCCAGGACCUGGACGCGAUCGCGACCUACGAGGAGGCCAAGGACAUCAACCCCGCAAUACUGACCGAAAAGUGGAACACGCUUAUGAGCGCGCACCAAAAGCAGAUCACGGCCGAAAUCAAGCAGGUGAUCAGCGAGGGGAAUCACCGCGGCUUCCAGAAGAUCCAAAGUCAGACCAAGGACGCGAGCAAAGACGCGGCCGGCGAUAUACUGACCAAGGUUACCAUUCCUCGGUCCGGUAGCUUUCUGAACGCCGGCGGAUUGACGCGCUAUAAAUCGAAGAUCUCGAGGAUCAACGGGCAGGCGGCGGGAGGAUCUCCGCUAGGUUUCAACGAGCUGUUCAACGAGUUCAGGAUACAGGAGGGUCUGCAUUCGGUCGACGAUAUUUUGGGUGUCAUCAUUGAUCCAGAGGGCAUGUCGUUUAAUGACCUCAAGCCGAUUUACAAGGAGUUUCUAUUGAAGCUCUCGCUGACGCUGACCAAAGACGAGUUGUACCAACGCUCGAAGGCGAUCAUGCGCAAGCAGAAGAAGAGAAUCUUAAGGGGGGUGGGGGUACAAGCACGGCGAAAAAGUCGCGUUGGUACGCGCAAGUUCAAAACGUUAAAGAGAAUCUUUCGGUUGAGAAGCAAGGUCGGUAGUAGGAAAAUGAAGCACAAAACUAAGGUGCCAGAGCCGCCUCAUAGUAAAAAGCUCUUGGAGAGCAGUAUAAGCACCUCGUCCUAUGACACGAAGCACUUUAGGCCGAAAGCUUCCAACGGCCGAAAGCAGGGUCGCAAACGGUCGGACAAAAAGCAGAAGGAUCGCGUCAGUACGUCGGAGGAGAGCGACUUCUUUUCCUUGCAGAGAGCGAACAGCAAGGGUCAAUUUCAGAACCGAAACUCGUCGAGUGGUUACGUGUCGUGCUCCGAGUGCAGCUACGAUAGUGACACCUGCACGUGCGUCAGUGCGGAUAAGUGCUACUGCUCGCUGGGACACAAAAACGUCAGCAAAAAGCAGCGCAAGUGCAAGCUGAAGUCACCGGAAAAGUGCUACUGCAGCGCUGACGCGAUGUCGGCGUGCGAGUGCGACACCGACAGUUGCACCGAUAGCAACAAGUGCUACUGUCAAAAGGGCCAGGGGUUCGCGAUUGUUAAGCACCUGAAGGUGAGCGGAGUGAUGGCGGAGAGGCGCACCAGGCGCAAGCUUUGCAAGAAUAAUUCCAACACGAAGAGCACCAGGAGCGUCGAAUACAUGCAUAACCCUACCGAAAAGUAUUACGAAACCUUGAGGUCCAAGGAAUUUCAGGCGCUCGCUAAGCGUAUGGCGCAUUCGGUUCGUAGCUUCGAUAACUUGGCCGUCGGUUACGAAUCGUGCACGAUUUCCAAUCGUAAUAUCACUAAUAUGGAACAUGGUAAAUCAGUGAGCGAGAGUGGUCGUCCACGAGUGUACAACCACGCGUCCAUUAGGUCAGUCAACAGUUCCUGCAGGUUCACUGAAAGACGGAGUGAUGGCAAAUCGUUCGCCUCAAUGUCGGCAGGCGCGUACACCGAGGCGCUCGCCGUGAAGAAGGCGGCCGAGAUCGCGGCGCUAUUCGCCGACAUCAAGCUGAGCCAGACGACCGACAUCGGUCACCUCGUCCCGCCCCCGUACGAGAACGACGUCGAGAAGAUCAAGCUGAAGAGCUUCAUACACGGCAAGCGGCUCGAUCAGGGUCGCAUGUCGAAAAACAACUCCCUGUAUAGUUCCUCGAAGAUGUACAGCGCGCGAAACGGGCUAUACACGAUACAGAGCCAAUCGGACGAGUCGCGUCGGUCGAGCGUCGGCGAAAUCGGCAAAAUGGAAUUUCGACGCAAGAUCGACGGCGAACUCAAUCCAGUUAGUUCGAAUAUAGAAAAUUCGUUAGGUUAUCUGCCAUAAAUUUACUCCCCCUCCCGGCUAUUUAGUGUAAGAUGACAAGUGCAAUAUGUCAAAAGGGUUUACGUCAUUAUAAAUGGUGUCGUGUGCAAUAUAAGUAAGU